AUGAGAAAAUUGGCUGAAAAUGUGUUUCGAAAAUGUUUGGAGUCAGUGGAGCCGAAAAUGUGUGUUGAAAAGGUGGGUCUUGGUGCGAAAUUGGAUUUUGGCGCCUAAAAUCCACGUUGUUAUAUUGUUAUGAUCACGUAGAUUUUCAACAGAAAUUUCAAAGUUCCACUUAUUCCCGCCAAAUUUAUAUUCAAAAAUUUUGAAUUUUUUAGGCCCUCCAAAUCAGUGCAAAUUAUCUAUCAAUAACAAAUUCAAAACUCGACAAAAUCCCGAUCUCAAAUUCCACAAAUUUCGUCGUAAUUGGUUUUGGAAAAGCAGUUGUUGGAAUGUCAAAAGGAAUCAUUGAAAAAUUGCCAAAAAAUCAAACACAAAUUCAUCUAAUCGCUCCCAAAAAUCAACAAGGCGCGCAGAAUUUCGGGGAUAAUUUUGAGGUGAAUUUCGCAGCUCCAAAUAAUCUUCCCGAUGAGGAUUCUGUAUUUUACACCGAGAAACUAUUGGAGAAAAUCGAUGAGUUGGAUUCGCCUCAAACAAUUUUCAUUUUUCUAAUUUCUGGCGGUGGUUCGGCACUUUUUUGUUCACCAAUUGAUGGUGUAAAAUUAGCGGAGAAAUUAGAAAUUAUCAAGAUUUUGGUGAAAAAUGGGGCGACUAUUCAACAAUUGAAUAUUGUUAGGCAGAAGUUAUCAAAAGUUAAAGGAGGUGGAUUAUUGAAGGGAAUCAAGAAGGGAAAGGUGAGAACUUCAAAUUUUUCUCAACGUGGCGUUUUUCUUUAUUUUUUCAGAAAAAAAAACUUACGGCGCUUGGCAUUUUUAGAAAUAAAAAAUGAAAAAAAUUGUUCUGCUAAUUUUUUUCAAUUCGAUUUUGUUCCUUUUAUUCAAUUUGAUUUCAAAUUUCAUUUCAUUUUUUGGCGCGCCAAAUUCAAAUUUUUCCGUCUCGAGCUAAUUGGCUUCUGAAAAAUUUGAAAAAUCUUUCAGAUCUUCUCAAAAAAUAUCCCAACUAACUAAAUAAAUUUACCCCAUUUUUUCCGCCAAAAAUCUUCCUAAAUCCAGUUUUUGCAGGCAAUUUCAUUAAUUAUCUCGGAUAUAAUUGAUAAUCCUCUUGAAUUGAUUGCAAGUGGUCCAACUGUUCGUCGAAAUCCCAAAAAAUCCUACGAUUUCCCAAAUUUUGGCUGAUCUACAAAUUCCGAAAUCAUCUAUAAAACCGGAAAUUCUUGAAAUCCUUCUGAAACCUUCUGAAGAUCCAACUGCUGAAGCUCCAAAUUUGGUGCAAUUUCAAAACCACAUAAUAUCGUCGAAUUCUUUGGCUCUCGAAGCGAUCUACAGUAAUCUUCCAACAAACUACAGUACCCAAAUAAUAACAUCUAGUUUGUCUGGAAAUGCGACUGAAAUUGGGCAGGAAUUUGCGAGGAUUUUGAGGUCUCGCAACGCGAAUUUCGGAGAUGUAUUUGGUGCGAAGAUUCCAGAUUUGAAAUUUCCAAUGGCCUUGAUUUUUGGUGGAGAGACUACGGUGAUUUUAAAGGGAGAUGGUGAGUUUUUUGGGAGGGGGGUUAGAUAUUUAAAAGAAUUUUUUUUCUAAAAAAAAUUCCUACAGCGACUUGUGGUACUGUAGAUAGAGCUUCGGCAUCAUAAAUUCAACUACAGUAAUCUCAAAUCGUUUCGAGAAUUUUCAAACUUUCGAAUUUUUUAAGGAAAAAACACUAGGUGGCAAAUGAAUGCUAAAGUUAUUUCCGAAAAUUCUAAUCUUGAGAAAAAAUUUCCACGUGUCAUAUUAUUUGCAGGAAAAGGUGGACGAAAUCAAGAAAUGGUAUUAGCAUGUUUGAAUGAGUUACAAAAUCAAGAAAUCGAAUAUGAGUUCUGUUUUUUGAGUGCAGGUUUGUCAAGAAUUGUUUUCUUUCAAAGUCUUAUAAAAAAUUUAUAGGCACUGAUGGUCAAGAUGGUCCGACAAAUGCAGCUGGAGCUAUUAUUUCAAAUUCAGAUCUUCUCUCCGAAGAUCUGAAAACCUUGCCACCCUCGGAAUUCCUAGCAAAUUCAGAUUCAUGGAAUUUCUGGCGUCAAUUUCAGCAGGGAAAAUGUCAUUUGAUAACUGGACCAACUGGGACAAAUGUUAUGGAUAUUCAAAUUUUAUUGAUUGAUAGGAAACAAUGA